ACGACUGAUACAGCACGCAACAGGGCCUUCGUCCUUUUAUCAUUUCCCUUUCUCUUCCCUUCUUUCUUCUCCUCCCUCCAUGCAUCCAUCCUUACCCUCUAUCAUUUACGACGCUUCCCCCACGGCCUUGGGGAUUUCAGCUGUCUUCGGUGCACUCUUCUUCUAUACACUCGUCAAAAUGUUCGGCUUUCUAGCUCGUGAGAACCAGUUUGUUGUGGAGGGUCGGACCGUGGUGAUCACCGGUGGCUCGGAGGGUAUGGGCAAGGCCGUUGCCUGCCAGCUCGCCCAGAAAGGAGCCAAUAUUGUCAUUGUCGCUCGGACACUUCAGAAGCUCGAGGAGGCCAUUGAAGCCAUCAAAGGUUCCGCUGCCAAUGUCAACAAGCAGAGGUUUCACUACAUCAGUGCUGACCUCACGAAACCCGAAGAAUGCGAACGCAUUAUGACCGAAGUCACCGAGUGGAAUGACGGCAUGCCCCCUGACAUUGUUUGGUGCUGCGCUGGAUAUUGCACUCCUGGAUAUUUCGUCGAGACAUCCGUCCAGACACUCAAGGACCAAAUGGAUACCGUUUACUGGACUGCGGCAAACACAGCACACGCAAUCCUGAGGAAGUGGCUUGUUCCCAUUAACCCUAGUCACCAGCGGCCAUUGCCUCGACGACACCUCAUCUUUACUUGUUCUACCCUCGCCUUCGUGCCCAUUGCUGGGUAUGCUCCAUACUCCCCUGCUAAGGCUGCCAUGCGUGCCCUUUCAGAUACGCUGUGCCAGGAGAUUGAAGUAUAUAACGGCUCUCGCGCUUCCAAAGAACGAGCCCGUGCCACUCCAGCCGAUGUCAAGAUUCAUACGGUGUUCCCCAUGGGUAUUCUCAGCCCUGGAUUCGAUAACGAGCAACAAAUUAAGCCUGCCCUUACAAAGCAGCUCGAGUCGGCCGACAAGCCUCAAACACCCAAGGAGGUUGCUCGGAUUGCCAUCGAAGCCAUUGAACGAGGCGAAUACCUCAUCACUACAAUGUUCGUCGGCGACGUGAUGAAGGGUGCUGCGCUUGGACCUAGCCCUCGAAAUUCUUGGUUCCGGGAUACGUGCACUGGUUGGUUGAGCAACUUACUAUUCCUGGGGGUUGUUCCCGAUCUUCGGAAGCAGGCAUUCAACUGGGGAGCAAAGAAUGGUGUUCCAACCUCGCCGUCGGCUUAGGCUUAGCUUGGCUGAACUGACUUCAUGAAAAGCGUUUUCCAUUCAUU